GUGCCCAUUUCAAAGAUGGCGGCGGCAGCGUCACCAGCCCCUCAUAACGAGCGGCAGCCAAGCCGGGCGGAAGUGAGUUUUGACGGAAGUGGGUCCGUCCCGAAUUGGGUCCCCCGCGGGCGGAUGCGCAGGGCCUGGCGGCAGGGAGCGAUGGAGGCCGGCGGGCACGGGCAGGAGGCCGAGGCGGGCGGCCAUGGCGGCCACAAGAAGAAGCACAAGAAGCACAAGAAAAAGCACAAGAAACGGCACCACCACGAGGCCGGGCCGGCCCCGGGGCCCGAACCGCCUCGGCAGCCACGGCUGCGGCUCCGGAUUAAGCUGGGAGGGCAAAUCCUGGGCACCAAGAGUGUCCCCACGUUCACGGUGGUCCCCGAAGGGACGCACUCGCCGUCCCCGCUGCUGGCGGGGGAUGAGGAGGAGCCCAGCGUGCCCAUCGAGCAGUACCGGGCAUGGCUGGAUGAAGACAGCAACCUGGCCCCCUCCCCGCUGCCCGAGCUGGACCCCGAGAGCUGCUUCCCUGCCCGUGAGGAGGGCGAGGAGGAGGAAGAGGAAGAGGAGGAGGAAGAGGAGGAGGAGGAGCGGCGCUGGCUGGCGGCCCUGGAGAGGGGGGAGCUGGAUGACAACGGGGACAUCAAGAGGGAGGUGGACGAGUCCCUCCUGACGGCCCGGCAGCGCGCGUUGCUGCACAAGCAGCAGAGCCAGCCCCUGCUGCAGCUGCCCAUGGGCGCCAAGGCCAAGGAGGUGACGGAGGAGAUGCGGGAGAAGCGCGAGGAGCGGGCGCGGCGCCGGCGGCUGCAGGCGGCCCGCAAGGCCGAGGAGAGCAAGAACCAGACCAUCGAGCGCCUGACGCGCACGCACAAGGCCAAGGUGCGGGCCCUGCGCGAGCGCCGCGCCCGCCCCGCCCCGUGCCCCGUGGUUCAUUACCGCAGCGCCGCCGACGGCGUCACCGUCUCCUUCCCCGCCGGCUUCCCGGCGCCCGCGGCCGCCGCCGCGCCGCCCGCGCCGCCCGCCCAGCCCUGCGCCGUGCCCGGCUGCGGCAACGCCAAGCGCUACAGCUGCGCCCAAACCGGGCGGCCCCUCUGCAGCCUGGGCUGCUACCGGCGCAACCUGCAGCUGCUGCAGAGUGCGGGCUGAGAGCGGGGAGGGGCUACGGGAACUCUCCAGGGGCUACGGGACCUCUCUGGGGGGGGUACAGGACCUCACCAAGGGGCUACGAGCCCUCUGUGGGGGCUACAGAUCCUCUGCAGGGGGCUAUGGAUCCUCGCUGGGGAGCUAUGGGUCCUCACCAGGUGCUGCAGACACUCUCCAGGGGGUUGUGGAUCCUCUGAGGGGCGCUCCAGACCCUCACCAGGGGCUACAGACACUCUCCAGGGGGCUAUGGAUCCUCGCUGGGGAGCUCUGGGUCCUCACCAGGGGCUGCAGACACUCUCCAGGGGGUUAUGGAUCCUCUGAGGGGGCCUACAGACACUCUGAGGGGAGCUAUGAGUCUUCUCUGGGGGGCUAUGUGCCCUCUGAGGUGAGCUCUUACUCGGGGGCUACAGACACUCUCCAGGGGGCUACAGAUCCUCUUGGGGGCUGUGGAACCUCUGAGAUGAGCCACAGGCCUUCUCUGGUGGGCUACAGAUCCUCUGAGGGGAGCUAUGGGUCCUCGCUGGGGAGCUCUGGGUCCUCACCAGGGGCUACAGACACUCUCCAAGGGGUUAUGGAUCCUCUGAGGGGAGCUAUAGGUCUUCUCUGGGGGCCAAUGGAUCCUCUAAGGACAGCUACAGACUCUUACUAGGGGGCUACGGACACUGUCCGGGGGCUACAGAUCCUCUUGGGGGCUGUGGAACCUCUGAGACGAGCCACAGGC